GGGAUGAGUCAGGCUAUAUGAUGCUGCUGCUACUGCUGCCAUUUCAUCAGCAGCGAAAAGCCCACAAACACACAGCAAACACACACAUGAGACCACGGGAUUCCCCUCUGACAGCGCUCAUCCUGCCUUCAUAGAAACAUCCUGAACAAACCGAGACCCAGAAGCUCUUUGGUGGUUUUAUUUUCAGCUCCGGAUUAAAGAAAAAAAGGGGCAAGAUCCGCUUUUUACGCAUCGCACCUGCUCUGGAUGCGUCUUCUCCUCGCUCUCCAUCGGGCCUGACGUUAACAAGGAAACAGCCUCUUAACUCCAGGGGCCUUCACUGUACACAGCAGCCUGUUUUCAAGACAAACAUCGAGUCCCGGAGGCGGUGUCAGGCACAGUUUCGGCUGUUUUUUCUCGCUGCGUCCUGGGGGAUCGAUUCAGACAAGACUCGACGGUGCCAUGGAGCCCACAUCAGCCCGGUCCUGAACGGAACGAGGGGGGAAAGGAAAGAGUCUGGCCUGGGCUUACCAUCCAAAUCCAAGUAAGGUGACUUUUUAAAGCAGAUACAGAGUGAAUUUGUGUUUUUUUAAAGCUUUUAAGUGGGAAACAUUAGACCUAUUUUGCGCACUGUUCUUUUUACUCGCACACUAUUUCAAUAAUCAACAUUAAAAUAUCAUUUAUUCCUCAUAUUGGAUUCUGACUCUUUAAAUUUUCCACAAACACAACAAUAAUCAGCUGAUUCAGAAGUACUCUUUCUAGGACGUGACUGGAUAUGUAAAUGCUGCACACGUGAUUUAUGUGCGCGUCGUGCCGGACCUCCAUAUUGCCCCUAAAACGCAUCCGGUGUGAGAGCCCAUAAGGCGGCUAUUCACCGGGGAUUCAGCCGCUAAUGUUUGCAUACCGAGCGAACUACGCAACCUGACUCCACAGACACACGGAGGGGCUGAUGGGAGGCUCUGAGUGGAGUACAGUCACUGUAAUGAGCAGCUAAAGCGUGGAAAUGCUGGAUUAAACCCACUGAUGGAUGAAGGAUAGAUAACGUAAAAUGGAGAAGCAAAAUAACAUCAAAAUUACUACAAAAUCUGCUUCAAAUUUGGCCUCGUUUAUAGUGUUUUGACUGGUUGAAUCAGAGUCUUUAUCAGACAUCUAGGUCAUGGUUACUUAAGCAUCUAUGUGCUAUUGUUCAUGUUGUUAAAAGGGAACAUAAUAUACUCAUUUGCAAUUUGCAUCUCAAAAAAGUAAUUAAUUAAACUAAUUUUAUCACGUUGUUUAGCCUCUGUCCAAAGUGUUUUAUUUUAGCAACCAUCCCACUGAUAAAAAGUCAGACUAAAGGUCCUUCCACACCGGGAACGACGCAAAUAUACGUGAAAUUACAAAAUAUUUGGAGGAGGAUUUUGACACGCCUGACUGUAAUGCGAUUUUGCAACUUUCCAGGGGGGAAAAGAUGCAUCCCGGGGAAAGUCCUGCCACCUUCGCCUCUGAUUGGCUAGAAAAGCUGGAAUCGUCAUCACACGCUCAAGCCAAACGGUCAGCACUUAUAGCCAAUCAGAGGCAAUAAGAUAAGCACAUGAAACUAUGGUAACAACUGUUGGCAUACGUUAGCACAGAUGAAAGUUAAAACAAAGACGUUUAUCAAACUGUUAAAGCACACAAACCAUCGUCAUAUGAGAGAUCUGACGCUAUGACUCUCCACAAGUCGUCCUUCAGGUCGUUAUCUUUGUAAUAUUUGUGUCUUUUAUCAAAAAUCACUCUGUUCUCCGACACGUAAACAAUCAGCCGGUCGGCCAUGUUGUAUAUACCGGUGAAUCAGACGUCGCAACAACACGAAAUCUGAUUGGUCAGAAGUGGACACACAGUAUGCGAAACUUCAGAAAAAUCGACGUGAUACGAAAAAAUAAAUGCCGCAAUAUCGCAGGACGGGAAAAUGUCCUUGAUGUGUACGCUUGCAUGGACAGGAUACGGAUAAGGAAUCCCAAGAACUAAUAAGAACCCGCAGAUUCACGUGCAGUUGCGCAAUAACAAGUUGUCUUUAGCCACAUAGGCUAACCGUAUUAGCAGUAGAUUGUGUCCUUCCAGAGGAGGAAAUCCACUUCUAAACAUCUAGAAUCAGCAUCUCCUCAUCCAUGGUGUCAACGGGAUUAAAUGCUGUCUAAAAACCUUUCACUUGUUCGUCUCUGCCCAUUUGUGCGGUGAGAAAUACGAUUUGAAAAGAAGCCGGAUUUUGUGUCUGUGCCCGACUUCCUUUCCAGCAUGGGUUAAUCUGUGCUGAAUUUAUCCGGCAUGUUCAGCGUCUGGAAAAAAUAGAACUCUUGCGAUCAGCUGCGGAGUCAAGCGAUCUGCAGUGGAACGGAACAAAGCCGGUGGAAAUUGACACAUUAACUUGAAUGGUUACGACCAGCUACGAUCGGCCGAUUUGACCUUUUCGUAGCCGUUCCGGAUGCGGUGGAAAUUAGAGGUUAGCUUAUGAUUACUUUUUACACAGUUUUGUAAUGAAGUAACACAAGUUACACUUCAUUACAGCAAGAAAUUCCAGUACGUUAUGAUGACAUCCAAGAACUCAAAUAUUUAAUUUGAUUUGAGUCUGGUUUGGCGCCCCCUGUGGACAAAGCACUCUUUACUCACCUGUAUAAAAAGGGCUUUUUUUUUAGCUGCUUAGCUGACACAGAUUUUGGGCAUUAAAAAUUGAUAAUAUAUGCACUGUAACGCUUGUUUCAAAUGGCCUAGUUUGCUUUUGGAGAUCAUGUAAAAGCAGAAACGGGAAUUUUAAUCUUUUCCAUAGAUGUAAAAAACCCCUUAUAGAAGCUUUACGUAAAAAUGAGUACCACAGUCUAAAAACUCUAUUAGUGAAAAAGCUGAUCCAAUACAAAAUGUCAAUCAAGAAUGUCUUUUUUCUUAAACCAUUAAAGUAUAUGUUGCUGUACCAUGACACUGUAACAACGCAUGCUUCAAUCUGUCCCUUUAAAGUACGUCUAAGGAAAAGCUUUGUAAAAACGGGGUCACUCAGACAUCUUCCUCGAGUCCUGUCACAGAAAAAAACACUGCUGUGAUCCAAAUUUAUCAACAAGCCAACGGGGUCACACAUUCAAAUACCAAAGCCUGGUAUCAAAAAGAGCCAAUAAUCCAAAAAGCUGGCUUAUUAAAACAUCAAUUGACGCCAUCAAGUGACGAGGAAAGAGUAAGAGGCUUUCCUAGUAUAUCUCGUGGUUUUAAUUAAAUCACGCACAGAGUACAAUGAAGCACAGUUAUGUGUGUUAAAGGAGCUGGGAGCGUGUACUGGCCAUCAGCCAAAGUAAGGUUACAGGAAUAUUUAUGUUUUUACAUAUAUCUGUCCCCCAUGACUCUGACUCUGCAGAGUUUGCAGUCAUGUGAUUCCUUCAGAAAGAGUGAUGAAAUAUGAGAUUAGAUGACCGUUGAGGCUUUAUUUCUGCACAGAUUGUACUCAGGGAAAAUUAUUAGAUUAUACCACAAUACAGGACUUUGCUGUAGAUAUUUAAGGUGAUGUAAAAAACAUUAGAGGGGAUGGCAAACAGGAACCUGGCUGAAAUAAGUUGGAUAAUAUUAAAUAAUUAAAAACAUUCAUUACAAAAAUUUGCUGCAUAAUAAAAAAUAUGCAGCAACAAUUCAAAGUCAAAAACAAAUCUAGCAAACAAACAACUCAAGAACCCUUAAUAUUUCAUCCUCAUUGUGAAGAUACUCCAGGCCUGUGGGGGGCGCUAAAGGUUCAUUCAUGCAUCUUUAACACGUGACUAUAAAAUCAUAUUUUUUCCCUCUCCUUGAAGGGAUAUUCCGGCAUAAAAUUAAUUUAGGGUCAAACACACCAUAACACCGAGUUGGACAUCCCCUCUAGAGAUGAAUGUUGCCGACCGCUUGCCUCUCUAGUUAUACCAACUUUAGUAACGACCGCAGGAUAGCAAUACACAGAGGUCUGAGGAGCCACCAAACAUCUUUUUAACUUUGCCUGAUUUCUUUAGCAAAGAGACUAAACACAACUCACCGACUCUGUUUGUAGUGAGACCUCAGGCCAGUCCAUUACGGACUACAGCGGGGUGACUCAGCUCAAGGAGGAACAUUUUUCCUUGAAGUAUCAAAUUAAUUUUACGCCAAAUAUACCUUUAAGAUGGACAUCCUUAACCUCUAAGUGACCAAAGGUCUUGUGCAAAGACCAGUGAACACCCUACAAUAACCAGAGCUUCAACAUGGGGUAGAAUUAGCCCUUCUAGCUUCCAGGCUAAUGUAACAAUAGCAGUGCAUUACAGAGUCCGACAGUGCGACUGUUUCACUCGCAUCUGUGACUAAAAAUAGAUGUGUGUGAAUUGUAGAAUGUAUUUAGGGGCAAAUGAGUGCUUAAAAAAAAUAGCCGAGGCAACAAAUGUUUUUUCAUGUAAAUACACCGCAGUGAAAUUAGUUUUAGGUUCGAUAUCCGAUGGACAUUCACUGUGGAUCUACCGGUGUCUUCUCACUCUACUUAAACGGGAAUAGCAACAGCAGCACGGUUAAAUGUACUCAGCACCCUCACUGUCAACAUUGGGUGUUGAAUAAGGGACCGUCAAUAAAUUACUGGUUGAUGUUCUCAGAAAAGGCUGUUUUCCUUCAAUAGCCUCCAUGUCAUGUGACCAAAAGACCUAAAAUUGAUUUCAAAUUAUAGUACUUAUUGUACUUAAUUCCACUUACUACUGAAAAAAAAAUGUCCUUAAAAUUUAACAAAUAUAUUUAUUUAUCUUGUUUGAUAGAUUAGAUGUUUUUGGCAACUGAUAAACCACAAAAGGACAUUUUUAUCAUUUAUUGGACUGUAUUCAGGUGUUUUUUUUAGUAAUUUGUUGAUCAUAUUGAUUUGAUAGAAAUAUCAUAAAAGAAUUUAUUAAAUAUGAUACAAAAGGCAAAAUAAAUAUAUAUUUAAUUUAGUAAUUUCUUCUUCAGAGGUUGUUUGUUUUUAAAGUGAUGCUUGUUUUGGCCUCUGGCAGCUCAUAUUUAAUUACAUUUUUACUUGUUUUUAAUGAAAAAAAAAAUAGAAUCACUGCAGUAUUGGCCCUUUUAGGCUACCAUACAAUCCCAGUUAGUGAAAACUAACAAAGUUAGACAUUAAUACAAACUUUACAUAAAAUAUUACCUAGAUUGUCUUUCAGAAACAAUGAGCACCAUCUUUUUUUAUAAUCUUAGGAUAUUGUCGUUUGCUUGUUUACAACAUCCGGGUCUUUGCGGGGUUUAAGGGUUUAAAAACUGAAAUUAAAGGUUAAAAUAAAAGUUUUUAAAGGUUUUAAACUCUUAAGAGAAGCAGCUGAAGACAUGCAGGUUGAUGUUUCUCUUUCUGUUUUAGUUCCCUGCUCUCUUCAGCUCUCUAACAGACGGACAGACCCACAGACCCCGCGGUGAGAGAGCGACACACCGACACGGACACAGUCAUGGAGGCGAUCUGGCUCUAUCAGUUCCGGCUGAUCGUCAUCGGAGACUCCACGGUGGGGAAGUCGUGUCUGAUCCGGCGGUUCACGGAGGGUCGUUUCGCGCAGGUGUCGGACCCUACCGUCGGCGUGGACUUCUUCUCCCGGCUCGUGGAGAUCGAGCCCGGGAAGAGGAUCAAGCUGCAGAUCUGGGACACGGCGGGUCAGGAGCGCUUCAGGUGAGAACAGCGUGUCAGGUACUGUGCGUGGACGUGUGGAUAUCAGGAUCGAUCGAUGUGAUAAUAACGUGGAGAAAUUAAGCAGAUAUAGUGAUUCAGCUGCAGUAUGAAAUACAUGAUGGUGGCUAUUUAAGUUUUAAAGUAAUGUAGAGUAGACAGUGUUGGGAAAUCACUUUCUACCUGAACUAGUUCAAAGUUCAGUUCACACAUUUUAUAAUGAACUAGAUCAGUUCAUCGUUCAUAGUUCCACAUUUUGAACUUAAGUUUAAGAUUCCCAAAAAUGAACUAAUUUUACGGAAGAUUUUACGGAAUUUGAAGGGGAAAAAAAUGGUAUUCUUUUAUUUUAAAAAAAAGUAAAAAUCAGAAAAGUCCAAAAUCUGAAAAAGUCAAAAUUUUGAAAAAAAAAAAAUUGAAUCCUGAAAAAAAAUUUUGAGGGGAAAAGUGUGACUUCUUAAGGUCCUUACACACCAGGAACGAGGCAAAUAUACAGUUCAGGAUUACGAAAUAUUCUGAGGCGAAUUUUGACGCGCCUGGCUAUACACAUCAAGCGCGAUGCGAUUUUGCGACUUUCCGGGGGGGAAAAAAGACGCGUCCCGGGUGGAAGCGAGAAGACUGACACAACAGCAGACUGAGUGUUUUUCUGUUCUGAUUAGACACUAGUGUUGAGAUGUCUGUCUGUCAUGAUAGCAUGUACUGAGUCGGGGCCAGUACCAGAUAAACACAUUAAACUAUAAUCCAUAAAUGUAAGGUAACAACCGAGACCUAACGGUGCUGUGACAGCAACGCUGUGAUUGAGUUUGAGACAGUGAAAAUACAUAUGGUAUGUUGUAUCUGAACAGGUUAGCUUACGAGCUAAAGUUACCUAGCACAGAUGAAAGUUAAAACAAAGACGUUUAUCAAACUGUUAAAGCUCACAAACCAUCGUCAUAUGAGAAAUCUGACGUUAUGACUCUCCACAAGUUGUCCUUCAGGUCGAUAUCUUUGUCAUGUUUGUGUCUUUUAUCAAAAAUCACUCUGUUCUCUGACACGUAAACAAUCAGCCGGUCGGCCAUGUUGGAUAUACCUGUGAAUCUGACGUCGCAACAACACGCAAUCUGAUUGGUCAGAAGUGGACACACAGUCUUUAGAAAAAUCGACCGUGAUCCGAAAAAAUAAGUGCCGCAAAAUUGCAGGACAGAUGUGUUGCUGAUGUGAACGCUUGUAUUGACAAAAGCGCACUUUUUGAUCAUAAAUAGCUAUAGUUAGUGAUCUGCAAAAAAGAAGAUGAUACAGAUAUUCGGCCAAAUCCAGAAUAUCAGCCAUGAUAACUCAGCAAGGGUUAUAAUCGCUCUACUCAUGGUUGUUAAUCAAGAAAAGAGGGUAUUAUUACAGUACUCAAAGUCAACAUUACUGAAGGAAAUCUAGUUUAGCUGUAAGUUAAGGUCAACGGGUCGGCGUAUUCAGAAUUUCCUGCUGACUAACAGGUGAUUUCUGGGAGUACUACUGAGUUCCAAAAAACGUCAGCAAAACUGCCAUAAAAGGGAACUUUUGGUUCAGGACGCAAUAAUCUGGUUCAUUUUGAAACAGACAGAUUCGUCCGGGGUAUGAGAACAGUUCCUGUUUCUUGUUUUUACUCGGAAAGAGCUAAAGGGAAAACUGUUGAACUUUGACCGAGGUCAAGUCAAGAGUCAGGAUUCGGUUUGUUCUUAGUUCCUCACGUGAAUGACACGGCCUGCAGCUUUCUGAGCCAGAACUACAACCUGAAGAUGGAUGUGUUUGUCCUUAAAAAAAAACAGUUGCACAAACGAGUCUGCGGGUGAUUCCAGCUCAGCAAACGACCGCAGGGACUGUUUCUGAUGAGCAAACAGCUGAAAUUUACAGGAUCACAUGAGAGUCAGUUAGUGGGUCAAAGUUCUUUAGGCUGUCCUGAAAAGAUGUCCGAGACAAAAACAAAUCAUGUCAGGCUGUGUUCACCUCCAUAUGUCGGGUGUUUUGUCGCCAAAGCUGCUGCUUAAGUUUGGGAAAGUUUGAGGUACUUGUACGGCCGGUUGUGUUACGUACACAAUGGUUGCUUUUGCUUACACACUGUAUACACUUAACUGCGUUUGUUUGACCCAUCUAACCACAACUCCUUCCUCCCUGUGCGGACUUUGGUCUACACGUUGCGCAACAUAUGAUUGGCUGUGACUUCUAAUGCUAAACGAAGUGCAAUAAGAAAAGACUAAGAGGUGUUAAAUGGCAUUUAGACGCAAAAUAUCCUGAUUUGUCAACACUGAUUAGAGAAAUUGGACUUGAAUAGGGCGGAUACACAUCUGAAGAGUGCCACAGCCUCUGCUGUCACACACAGUCCUGAGUCCAGGUCUGGUUGAAUCAGCUUCGUGUCUGUGGGUGUGUCUCUGACAGUGAUGACUUGAGCGUGCCAACGCUGUGUUCCCAUGAUAUAAUCUUUUAAUAGCCUUGUUUUCAUUUAGUUGUUAUGUAACAGCUGCAAAGGCGACUAGAUAAGUUUGAAUAAUGUCAUCACACAUGUUUUAAAGAAAGUGACUAAGGACUAUCGCGUCUGCUAAAUACUACGUACUGUGCCUUUAAAUGUCCAAAUCCCAAAUAUUCCUGUUUGAGUGUAUAGAGGAGGAUAAUAAGGCGUAUAUGACGCUUAUAUCUCACAGCCUGAAAAUGCAUUUUUCACACAUGCUUACACACUCACCCACACGCACACUCAGCUCCACACAUCACCCCGACAGAAGGGGACUAAUCUCACCUGUCAGCAUGAGAGACCGUCUCCAUGGUAACUGUGACACAUCCCCGUCAAGGCCCCGAAGGACAAAUCUGAAACCUUCAAACGCCGAGGGACCAUUUUGAAAAGAGAGUCUGAGUUUAUAUUACAGUUAUUUAUGAUAUAAACGGCAGCAGAGAGCAACUUUUCACUGUGCAUCUAUCUGCUUUACAUCUGGAAGGGGGUCAAAUCUAGACCUGCUGUCUCAAGGACUGUUGCUUCUGUUUGUGAUUAACUUUAAAGCCUUAAAUCUUCUGUUUUUACUUUUUCCUCAAACAAAAUCAACUUCAGCCUCAUCUCUGACAACCAGACAACCCACUGACUCAACCUCGUCUGCAGAUACCGUAAUAACCCUAAUAUAGGAUGACCCUGUAUUAUUCCUCUUUUUCAAGACAAAUGCUUGAUUUCCUACUUCUUUGCUCUGAUCAUGUAGGGUCACCUGGCUUCUCAUUGGAUCUUGAUAGGUCAGCUGAUGUAGAUUCACCCCUGAUUGGUUAGCACAUUAACCCCGAUUUCCACCGCAUCUGGAAUGGCGACAAAAAGGCCCUAUCCGCCGAUCGUAGAACUUGUUAUGGCGCGAUUUCAUGUGAAUCCGCGGGUUCUUCUGAGUUCUCACGAAUUCUGCUGUCCGUGAUCCGCCACGAAAUUGCCUCACAAACAGAUCGCCACUGUUCCAGAUCGGAGCCGUUCCGGACGUGGGGGAAAUCUCGGGUAAAACAAGAUGUCAGCUUCGGUCCGGCCUUGUUAGACAACAACUGAAAGACACAAGAGUACAAAAAUUGAUCGACUGUAUUUCUCCAAAUGCAAAACUUUUCUCUUUUGAUUUGGUCCUGUUUUGCAGUGGGUUAAAGAUGCAAGAAAGGACUCUUUGAUGCGUUAAAGUAUUUUGAUGGAUGCACUGCAGCAGCCUCAGUGAGAGUUCUUGUGGUUUUACAUAAUUAUGGAUUAAGAAAAGUAGUUAUUUUAGGUUUUUAUUCAUGCUAAUACAAAUUUCUGGACAGCCUUUAAUCUGGUUUUUAAUCCAUCUCACCCUCCUGACAUUGUAUGUCAUCUUUGUCAGUUCAGUCUCCAGUGUGUAGUCCUUGCUUUGAUAUAAAUACAACACGUGUGUGUGUUUAAACGCAAACUCUAAUAAAUCACACACUGGAUUUUGAGUUUUUUCCGCCCCGUCUUGUCCUUCUAUCUCCCUCUCUGUCGACUAAUCCUCCCUCCCUCCUUUUUCGUGACACGUCCGUCUUUCCGUCUCUACCUCCACUCUGUAAUUUUCCCUCUCAUUAUAUUUAUGCUGACGUUUCUCCGCGAGGUUAUUGUGGGAAGAUAGAAGCAUCACUGGGGGGGUUGGUGUGUGUUUGUGUGCAUGUAAGGUUGUCACAGCUUGUCAAAAUCUAGCAGCACUCCUCCUCCUUAGUCAGGCUGCAGUGAGCGCCAUGGAAAAUAACAACAGCUAAUCUUGUUUUUUAAAGGUUGAUGUUGUUAUUUUUAAAUGAAGGUUACAACAGUUUCUAAAAUAACUCGGCAACAAGGUAGUUCAAUAUUAAUUUUGAAUCAUCAGAGAUGUUAAACCAAUAACAGUAAUUUAUUGGGGGUGUUAUUAAUAAAUAACAGGGAUGUUUAAAAAAGCCUACAGUAAAACCACGUCUCCAUAGUGCUAGCUGUUUACCAUAAAGAAAGAGGAAGAAGCAGCAGCAGCUGCUAGCGCACUAGCUUUAGCAGCUGUCUAACAUUUAAAAAUUGGCAUCCAAUCAUCUAAUGACUUCAGGACUUGUCCUCAUUUUGUUGUUUUAUUUUGAUUUAUUUUUUAUUUUUUAAAUUAUUGAUUUUAUUUUAUUUAUACAUAUAUAUAUAUAUAUAUAUAUAUUUUCUAUUUUAUUUUAUUUUUCUCGUUUGCUCUUAUCUUGCUGUUUUAUGUUGCUACUCUUAAUCUGUAAAGAGUGUCCAGGAAGGCGCUUAUAAAUAAAAUGUAUUAUUGUUAUUUUAGAAAUUUUCGAUUUUAAAUCCAUUAAUUAUAUUAUCAUGAUAUUUUAAGGCCACAGUAAUCAUGAGGUGAAAAUCUCUCCCUCUUAAACUUUAAUCCCUAGUCCCUAAUUUUUGACAUUACUGUAACUAAGUGGAGAAUCAACUUCUACGAUAUAAUCAUUAACAAAAAAUUUAGCUUAAAAGCCAGAAAACUCUGUUUUAUUGUGUUUUACCCAUAGACUGUAUAUACUAUGGACAACUAGGUUCUGCCUUCCGCCAGUAUACAGAUUUGAAGGCGAAAAGCUCUCUGUAAUUCUGCGUUUUUUCUCGCUGUGAUGAUGCUCGGCUCAAACAACGUAUCCCCCGGGUGAGCUACGCAAUCUUCGUACGCCCAUAGGCUGUAUCAGGUGUCCAUCAUAGAAAACAUGAACCCCCUAAUAACUUUUAAAAACAGAACUGUGCUGUGUAAUUAAUUUCUAAAGUUUGUCCACAGCUCCAAAAGCUUUGCUGGUGGAGGCGGGAUUUAUGACCUAUACUGCAGCCUGUCACCAGAGGGUGCUGUUCUCGGAGUGCCUUCACCCAGCGAGGAGGCAAACAGCGUCCAUUCUAUAUACAGUCUAUGGUUUUAUCGAUUAAACUUAAGAAAAAUCUGUAGUUUUACAAACUUAGAAAUACACUUGCAACUCAAGUUUUUCAGAGGAAUAUUCAACUAAAAAGUCAAACUUACAGCUAAAGGCACAAAAUUAAACGUUUCACUCCUCCAUUGCUUCUGCUUCUCCUUUUCAUCACACCUCCCGUCAUCUACUUUCUCCUCUGAUAAGCUUUCCCCUGGUUUUAUCAAGUCUUAUCAUUCCUUCUACUGAGAAAGGUUUAUCUGUCAGCCUCGGCAUACUUGGACAGAGAUAAAAGUCUAUUUGAAACCACAAACCCAGGAGCAAAACAGUCAGAAAUGCGUUAAUCUAUGUGACUGUGUGGGGGGAGGGGCAGAGCUCAAUGUCAUCAGAGGCAGCACAAAGUUUGGAGCUUGGUGGAGGAAAGGAGAGAUAACUGGAUGAUGCUUCACUGUCUUAUUGCGGCGGUGCACAGCAAGUAGUUUGAAGCUUCCUGUCACUGGUUCACACACUGUCAGAACAUGCCGUCAAUGUUUCCAGCCGGUCGGUUUGCCUCAGCGUCAUCCCGACUGAUGCAAAUUCCUCCUCAUUUGUUUUACUUUCCUUUUGUCUUUUAACCCCCGCAGGUCCAUCACCAGGGCCUACUACCGCAAUUCUGUAGGCGGGCUCCUCCUGUUCGACAUCACCAACCGCCGCUCCUUCCAGAACGUCCACGACUGGCUGGAAGAGGCUCGCAGCCACGUCCAGCCGCACAGCAUUGUCUUCCUAUUGGUGGGCCACAAGUGUGACCUGGAGGCACAGCGCCAGGUGAGUUUAACAGGGAUGUGAAUGGAGAGGUGUACUCGUGUGGCUCCUCGAUGGCAGCGUUUUUAAGUGUUAUGUAACACACCAAGCAUUAAAAAUAAACUUUAGUUCACUUUUAGAUCAGCGCACACUCGGAUCACAGGCGAGUCAUCAUUCUUUGUUUAAUUCUCUUGACACUGCUGGCAGGCAGAAAGCAAAAAUAUCCCCACUGAUAUUCAGACAGUGCAGGAUGACUCUGCAAAACACUCCGUCUACACACACUGGUGUUCAAGAGUAAAGGAUUAAGGUCUCCCUUCUGAGCUUUAUUUGUCAACCAGGACCUUAAUUUAGUCUGUGGCCCCCAAAAGUAUCAUUUCCUGUCGUUCUGGGUGAAGACCUCAGAUCUUUCACUCAAUCUCGAUUGUGUCGUUCCCAUAUUUGUAAGUGUAAUCUGGUCUCAUUUUAUCGUUUAGGUAACUCGCCAGGAAGCUGAGAAGCUGGCGGGGGCCUACGGAAUGCGUUACGUGGAGACGUCCGCCCGUGACGCCAUCAACGUUGAGCAUGCCUUCACCGAGCUAACCAGAGACAUCUUCGCAUUGGUACGGUCUGGCGACAUCACAAUCCAGGAGGGCUGGGAAGGUGUGAAGAGCGGGUUUGUCCCCAAUGUGGUUCACUCUUCAGAGGAAGUAACUAAGAGUGACCGCCGCUGUCUAUGUUGAUCUGGGAAGAGUUUUGGAACUGAAGGUGAAAAGGGGAAGGAUCUAGGAAGGAUUCAGAGGGAAGUGACUGACGGACUAGGGCAUCAGCCCCCUGACUGAACUGUAGGUACCCCUCUGUUGUUCCUUCUGUGGACUGGAUACCAGAGGGGAUGAUCGAGGGAUUUGAUGAAAUGGCCAAUAAAAACAUCAGGAACAGUGGUGGAUCAUCGAUGGUUGGGCCCAUUUCUGUACACCUUUGAUUUCUUGGAGAGAGGACGGUCACAGAUGCCCGUCUACUCACGAUGGCUCUCCUGAUUCAAUUCCUUUGGCAUUGGUUUGGGAUUCUUGCUGGGGAAUCCCUCACUGAAAGUCUUGGAAAGGCCUUAGAUAGAGGAUCCAUUUUGGGUUCUUCACCAACGUAUGACAACACCUUUGACUAGUUUGAUCUUUCUUUCUCCCAUUUACUCUUCUUUCACCUCUCUUUCCUCCACUUCUUAUACUGUCCUCUCCUCCAAUAUGCAAUUACAUGACCACAUACAGAAUGAUCACUUUUACGUUGGUUCCUUGCACAUAUCAUUCAAAAGCUUAGUAAGCUUCUUUCGGUUCAACAAGAGAUUUUCUUGAGGCUGACAUUUUGCUUCACAGUCCACCAUCAGAGCUCAAUGGAGGAGUCCUGAAGGUCCUGAAACGAAGACGGAUUCCCUUCCCAGAACUGAGAUUCUGUCGCCAGAGACUAUAUCACUUCUCUUUGGGGCAAUUUGGGCCUUCAGCGAGCUCAAUGACAUUGGCCAGAUGGUUGUAUCCUCUAUCAUUCUGCUAAAUAUUGCGCUUUAACAACACAGCAUUACCCAUCUAAUUCCUAAUGGACUCUGAAGCAGGAAGAGAUCGUGUACAGCUAGAGUGACAAAGGUUGACUCGUUAAGGCACACAUGUCCUGAAUGUUGGAGCCAGAAAGCACCUUAACAGCCAAGUCCACCUUAACUCUGGAGCUUAGAGACUUCUGAAGGGCACUAAACAAGCCGGAGAUUAUUUAUUUCUAGAAAGCAAGGCAGAGAAGGACCAGACAAUGGACUCCACACGAGAACCCCACCACCCACAAUGCACGCCAACGGACUGUAUAAUCAUGCAUAGAUAGUCCAAGUCGCGGGUAUUGAAUCGAGCCAUCAGAUACAGGCACAAGAGAAAUUAUGAGAUUACACUUUCACCUGCUUUUACUUUAUGUGUGUAUUGCAUUAAACUUCUGUUUUCAUUUCAAUUCACUCCACUGAUACAGACUGGCUCACGGGCCACAGUUUCAUGGUAUUUUGCGCAGGUCUAAGAUCUUACUUACACUUAGAAACUCUCAAUUCCUGUUAUGGAAGUGGGCUUGAGAUGAAAACCAGCCAGGUCUCAAAAAAUCUUCCAGUUUUUAGAUGGGCCCAAUCAUUGGCGUGGCACAUUGGACCUAAAAUAGUCAAGUGUUUAGCCGGUUUAAAUUGCCCUAUGAGGACUCGCCACGUUUGCCAGUUUGGCAUCAUAACCCACUGAAAUUUGGCUCAUAUUUUAUUACCAUUAUGAUUUUACAUAACACUGGGUUGCAUGGAGAAGUUCUGAGCAAUAAAAUAUGAAAAGGAUGGUGUGUGGUGAGUGGACAGGGUGAGCAACACCUAACACUUCAUUUCAGGGUCUUACACUUUGCCACAGUGUCAACAGAACCUUUCUACAGAUCGAUUCGAUACGUGUGUGAUCAAGUUACAGAGGAGAUUAAAGCACCAUAGUUAUGGGUUGAACUAAUUUGGGGGUGGGGGGACAUAAUGUUUACUGGAGGAACAAAACUCGCAAAUUCAAAGUCAUGAGGCCAAUUUUUAAUUUGGGAACCAAGACGAGCCUUGAAUUGCAUCAAUGUAGGGUUACAGCCCAGUUAGGCCAUCUGUGGUUUUCCACUUUUGACAGGCAAUAAUUUUUCAGUUGCAUAAAUGGUUUUGCAUGUUUCGCUUAUUUAAGAUAUUUCUCAAUUUUUUCAAAGAGAAAGGUGAUAAAAUGUGUUUUGAAGGGACGGCAAAAACCAUAGAAUUUGAUGCUGACAAGCUUCGUAAACAGACUAGAUUUGGAAUAACCAAGGCUUGGGGCACAUGGUUGGUAUGAAAUCAGCUAUUUGUUUCCGUCAGCCAACCUUUUGUAUACAUUUGGGUUUAUUUGACUUGAGAGACUUUCAGUGUUGUUAGCAUUUUAAUGCCCUAGUCUAUCCCCUUUUUUGACCCUGAUAUCUGAUACACGAUUCUGAUUGAAAGCCUAUUUCCCUGCUGUAGCUGGAGUAUCCCAUGCCUUCACCAUACAGUUCCUAAUGACAAUGCUGGUUGAUGCGAUACAAAACUGUAAGUGCUUCAUUCCUCACACUGUAUGCCUUGUUUUGACAUGUCUCCAAAGAUUUUUGCUCGUGUUAUCUUUUAAAAAAUUUUUUUGGAAUGAAUGUAUUCAAUGGGGAAAGGUGAGAUUUUACAUAAGAUGACAUCCUUUCCUUGUUCAAGUGAGAUAAAGGUUUGGGACUUGAUUGAAAACUUGAAAUGACAGUCCAUUACCAUAUAAACAUGAGUGAAAAGCCGGUCAGAAAAGACUGACCUACAACUACCCUGCGAAGAAUAAAGAAAACUUGAUGCCUUUGUGUUUGAAAUUUGACAAUGAGAGGUCCCGUUGCGCAAUCGGCCAUAUGUUUUUCUCCCUGUGCUUGCUGUAUCAUCACCAGUGCUUUCGACUUUAACCGCUCCCAAGUGGACGUCACAGAGUUUACUGCUCAGGAAGUGUAAAGAAAGUCUGUGCGGGUGGGUGUGGAGGCAAGUCUCCUGUGUGUGUGCAGCUCCACCUUAAGGACUGCCAAGACUCUUGAACCAGGUGUCAACCAGCUGGUAGAUCUGCUCUGCUGUACAGCACGCAGUUGGAUAUCUCUACACUCUGUAAUAUCUUGCUUCUACUCUGAAACAUUGUCUUAAAAUACUACUAUAGUUGCACAUAUUGGGAAAAAACACUUGUUUACUUUCUUGCCAAAGUUAGAUGGGAGAAUUGGGACCACUCUUUCACAUGUUAAACUUCUGACUGUCGCCGGGUAGCUUAGCUUGAGGCUAACGGGGGCCCUGGUGGAUAGAACCAAGAUCUUCCUAUCAAGACCCAAAGAUGGGGAGCCUAAUAGAUUAAUUGGAUGUAGUAGUGAAAAUCAUCAAAGACUUGGAUCAUAUUGGUUGAAUGCUUUCAUUAGACAGAGUAGAAUUAGAUAACUCCUUUUUUAGCUCAGCCUAAGCUAGCCAGCUGUAGAGGAGACGAGAGCGGUGUCAAUUUAAUGAUCCAACUCUACAAGAAAGAAAACAAGCCACAUCCCAAAAUGUUGAACUAUGAAUUUAAGUAAAUACAAUAAAACUCAAAGUCUCUAAAACGCCAUGUUUACAGUCUGUUUUUCCACUUCCUAAAAACCAAUAUCUUCUUUCUGUCUUAUUUUCUCAACGUUCCCUGCCACCAAUUUUAGCAUAGGGGAAGACGUGCAGCAAAAAGGUCAUGGCUGAAAGUUGAACCAAUGUCCACAGCAACAUUUUUAUACGAGCACUUUUCUACUUUCAACUCUGCAACUCAGCAGAAACCUUCAACUUCAAAUCAGAAGGUCCUAAAUGUUGUCCAGAUCAACAGAGUGGACUUGGACUACAAGUCUUCUCAGUCCUUCUUACGUUGGAUCACUGUUCGCUAAUCUGUUUGGUUCUGUUCAAGGUUCUGCCUUUUGCUAGUGCUGCCUGGUGCUGACUCACAGUGGAUAAAUGUUGGGUUUACCUGACGAGCACACUCACUUUUUGUUGGAUUUGUUCACUAAAGGGGGGUCGCCAUACAAAUUAACCUUGACAAACGGGUCGGAAACAGUUCAUUUGACUUUUAAAGAGGAUAUUAGCAAUGACAGUGCCUCUAGAGGCAACUCUACAGACAAUCAAUCAAUCAGUCUUGAACAAUGUUGGACUUUUAUCUGAUAUCCUGGUAUUUUCAACCUGAUACUGAUACCGAUAAAAAAAGUUUCUCUUGACAUAAAGUUAACCUCUUAUUUUUUUCAGGAAGUCUAUUUGUUUUAGUACCAGAAUAAACACGACAAACAGCAUUUUCAUCUACCAUGGACGAUACAUUUGCUGAUACUGAUAAUUAAUUUUGCUGAUACCGAUAUCAUGUCACGAUAUCAAUAUCGUGCAUCCAUAGUGACAACAAAUCCAGCAGUACUUUUUGUAGGGGUAAAGAGAAGCUAGUAGCUACUACUAGCUAAGUAGCAGCCCACCCCCCCUGUAGAAACUGUUGUUCAGGACUGUGCGCAACAUGCUUACUCGUGCUUCCUACAUACUCGGUUACCAUAACAUUAAUAACUGUUGUUCUAGUCUACAUGCAACAUUUUUGUUCUCAUUCAUGAAACGCUUUAAUUAUGGACAUUUCCGGGGACAGCUUUAGCUGGAGACAGGUCAACCAAUAUGGGGACUGUCCCCGUAAAUCGGGAUGUCUGGUCACCUCAGGCUAAAAACUUUCCCUGGACUAGUCUGUAACCAUUUGUAUCACUGUUGUGCAAAUAGACCCUAGCUUAAACUGACUUCACGUCUAAUUUAAGGGUAAAAUACCAACACCAGGGACCAUCCCAAUUCAACUCAUUUCAUAUAAGGGGAAAGAGUAAUGGCCUCUCUUUUCACAGGAUCCUAUCAGCUGCUUUAGGUCAGUGACUGGUGAUUAUUUUUGGUUCGACUGUAGGAAAGUGAACGAGACCAUGAAGUCACAUGAUAUCACUAAACCUGAAAGCAGCAUUUUUGGCUGACUUGGUAUUCCACUCCAUCAAGCUUGUGCCUUUUUUCAUCCUCCCCACACACGCAAGCCUCUUUACUGAUCUGAGGCUUGGCUCAAACAAAGAUGCGGUUACAGGAAAGGAAAGGUCGCCUCAGGACUCAUAAAGGAGAGAGGGAAGAGGACAGGUGGAAGGAGGCGCUCGCAUGAUGGAGAGUACAUUUGACAGCAAAGCAAUCAGGUUUCUGGCCGGUUGGCGGGGAAACGUACGGCGUGAUUUACUGGCGCUCUGGGGGUUUCUGUGCCAGGGUCCUUGGCAGAGUUUGGUUUCAUUAAGGCUGUCUGCACACAGAAUGCAAAAGCUGCUGGACUUAGUAAGAGGUCGCCAAGAACAAAACUGCACCCUGCAACAAAAUGAAGCUAGGUUGGGGUGCAAUUCUGUUCCUGUUUGUUCGACAGGAAAGUUUUAAAGUUUCAAUAUAAAUACUCUUUAAUAUACUGUUUCUCUUCAAUCAUUAACAAACACUGUCCUCCUGGUGGACUUUUAGGUGAAUCUUGUAAAAACAGGACUGUUUCUCCAGCUGACAGGCUGGCACUUUCCACCUCCAAAUAAUGUCAGGCAUAAAAAAAAUCAUUAAACAAGUUGCUGCUUGUGUAAUUUACUUUAAAGGAACCAAAACAAAUUUCUUCAAUAUCAGAUAACUCCUCACAGAAGCGGAAUGUCCAUUUUUUUUACUGGAUUAGUCAUUUUUCGAAGUUGUAAUAGAUUGGUAUUUUGUUGAUUAAAUUUUUACUUUUUCAUGACUUUAUUUUCCGGGUCUGGGUCGCUUGGGGAGCAGCUUCAGGAGGGAAGCCCAGACGGCCCUCACCCCAGCCACUUCCACCAGCUCCUCCGGGGGGAUUCCCAGGCGCUCCCAGGCCAGGCGAGAGAUAUAAUCCCUCCACCUGGUCCUGGGCCGGGUCUCCUCCCGAUGGGACAUGUCUGGAACACCUCUAACGGGAGGCGUCCAGAAGGCAUCCUAACCAGAUGCCUGAGCCACCUCAGCUGACUCCUCUCAACAUGGAGGAGCAGCGGUUCUACUCUGAUCGCGUCCUGAGUGUCCGAGCUCCUUACCCUAUCUCUAAGGCUGAGCCCGGACACCCUGCAAAGGAAACCCAUUUCGGCCGCUUGUAUCUGCGAUCUUGUUCUUUCGGUCAUU